AUGCUGCCAAGUUCCAUGAUGCUGCAGCGGUUGAAGGAACUGAAUAGAAAACAUCCCAACCGUGGAAAAGGUGGAGAGCCAUUGGCCCCGGCACUUUCAGGCGCCCUGUCCCGCGCCCUGUGCUUCCUCCACAAGGCCAGCAAGACAAGGCUGUCUCGCAAUUCCAGGCCGCGCAUCCUCUGCUUCAUGGUAUCCCCAGACCAACCUGCAGAGUAUGUGUCAGUCAUGAAUGCCAUCUUCUCCGCCCAAAGGUCCAAUGUCAGCAUUGACGCCUGCUACAUGGGCAAGGAGAGCUCAUCAUUUCUCCAACAGGCUGCUCACCUCACGGGUGGCACAUACAUGAAGCCAGAGCUCCAGUCUGCGCUGCUGCAGUACCUAAACAUGGCUUUUGCAGCCGACACAGCAACACGAGGGUUUCUGACAGAGAAUGCAGGCCAGGCUGUGAACUUCAAGGCCUCGUGCUUCUGCCACAGAAAACCGAUCGACCUGGGCUUCGUGUGCUCCGUUUGCCUUGCUGUGUUCUGCCAGAAUGUGAAAGAGUGCCAGAUAUGUGGCACUCACUUCAUGCCGCUAUUGACAAAGACACAAAAGCGCGAUGAAGGUGCCACAGCUGCACAAGGCAGUGCGCUCCCCAGCAAAUGA